UGCUGUGGUGGCCUCUGCUCUCAUCACUCAAAAUUCCACGUCUAAAAAAUCUAUCUUUUUUGAUCCAAUCGGUUUCCCAUAUUAAUUCCCAAUUUAGAUCAGAUUCCAUUUCGUAAACGAAAUGAUCCACCAGGAGAUGGAUAUUGAUGAGUGGAUUUUGUUAUCCGACGAUAGAUUCCCAGACAUCAAUCAAGAUGCCCAGAAACAAAUCCACGGAGGAAGACGAGUUUCUGAUACGAAUCUCGUUUUCCUAGCGGAUUAUUUCAACAAAGAAGAGCCUCCUCCACCCAAACAACUUGUCCCGGUUCCAUUUCCGGAAAGUGAUAAGGGGAAGUUCGUCGAGAAGAUCCAAGAAUCCGGCACCGAACCGGUCGAAGGCGAUCGAGAAGUGAAGACACAGGUUUCGUUUCGGAAACCGAGUUACAACAAUGAAUCCGUCGACAUGACCAACAAAAUGGACUCGCCGAGGUCCACUACUAAAGGAGCCAUUACUCAACUUGACGCAGCAGGUAAGUUUAAUUUUGAUGAAGAAGAUGAUGAAUUUUUGCAGAAUAUGAGUUCUCCGAGAUUAAGGGAUUCAUUCGAAAAGAAAGCCGGCGCCAACUGGGAAGAAAACUCCGGUCCCGGUGGCCUCUGGAAAUGGAGCCUGACCGGAAUCGGAGCAAUUUGUUCCUUCGGUGUCGCUGCUGCUGCCUUUUGUAUCAUCGUCUUCGGAACUCAACAGAGGCAAAAACAACACCAACAGAACCAGAAACUGCUGUUCCAGCGUUACACCGAUCACAAGAGGAUGAAACAAGUAGUUCAUCAUACUACAAAACUCGAUGAAUCAAUCUCUGCAGCUAGAGGGGUUCCAAUCACCAGAGCUCACAUAACAUUUGGUGGCUACUACGAUGGUAUUUGAAGCUAUUGUCUCAUGGAGAAUUUGGACCGUCCAUCUACUCGAUCAACGGUUCUAAAUAUUAUACAAUUAAUCUGAAUAGGGUCUCUCUGUUUGUACAUAUAUAUAUAUACCUGAA